AGGGCAGGCGGAGGAAUCAAAAAAGGAUGAAGCUCCUCUUUGCGACCACCUUUGCACUCUUUGUGCUCUCCGGCUUGAUUGACUGGGUUGACUCGUCAGCCUACGACAAAAUAGUCGCGCACAGUCGCAUCCGGGCGAGGAAAGAAGGGCCCAAUGUGUGCGCUCUGCAGCAAGUCAUGGGGACCAAGAAGAAGUAUUUCAGCACUUGCCGUAACUGGUACCGUGGGUCCAUCUGUGGAAAGAAAGCAACCGUCCUAUAUGAGUGCUGCCCAGGCUACAUGAAGCUGGAUGGAAUGCGCGGUUGCCCUGCAGUGGCCCCGAUUGACCAUGUGUACGGCACGCUGGGCUUGGUGAAGGCCACUUCCACUCAAAGAUACUCCGAAAUCUCUAAGCUGAGGGGUGAGAUUGAGGGAUCUGGAUCAUACACCUUCUUUGCGCCCAGCAACGAUGCUUGGGAGCUUUUGGAUGAGAGCAUCCGGAGUGCACUUGUUAGCAACAUCAACGUUGAGCUUUACAACACGUUGCACUACCACAUGGUCAACAAGCGCCUCCUGACCAAGGACUUACGCAAUGGGAUGACGGUCAACUCUAUGUACAAUGACCUUGGUCUCCUCAUCAACCAUUACUCCAAUGGGGUGGUGACCGUCAACUGUGCCAGGAUUAUCCAUGGCAACCAGGUGGCCACCAACGGUGUUGUGCAUGUGAUUGACCGCGCCAUCAGCACUGUCGGGAACACCAUUCAAGAUGUUAUCGAGAUUGACGACGACCUGACUACACUGAGUGAUGUUGCUCAGAACUCCGGAUUGUUGGACAAGCUGGGUCAGCCUGGACAUUUCACUCUCUUCGCUCCCACUAAUGAAGCCUUUGCUAGGCUGGGAGGUGACGUUCUGGAGAGGCUUCAGAGCGACAAGCAGGUCCUCCAAGCUCUUCUGAAUUUCCAUCUCCUGGACUCAGUACAGUGCUCCGAGGCCAUCAUGGCCGGCACCUCUUAUACAACGCUGGAGGGCAACAACAUAGAAAUCGGCUGCGAUGGAGACAGCUUGACGGUCAAUGGCAUUAAAAUGGUGCGCAAGAAGGACAUUGUCACAACCAAUGGCGUCAUCCACCUCAUUGACCAAGUGCUCAUCCCCGACUCAGCCAAACAGGUGAUGGAGCUGGUGGGAAGUUCCCAGUCCACCUUUGGUGACAUGGUGUCCGAGUUGGGUCUUUCUGCCGCCAUGAGACCCGGGGCUGAGUACACCCUCCUGGCGCCCCUCAACACCGCCUUCAACGAUGAAGUGAUGUCAAUGGACCAGAGGGUGCUCAAAAUGGUCCUGGAGAACCACAUACUGAAGAAAAAGAUCAUUCUGGGUCAACUGUACAAUGGCCAAAAGCUGGAGAGUAUUGGAGGGAAACUUCUGCGGGUCUUCAUCUAUCGCACAGCUGUAUGCAUUGAGAAUUCCUGCCUCAUAAGAGGCAGCAAGGAGGGAAGCAACGGCGCUCUCCAUCUCAUGAGCAGCUUCCUUAAACCGGCGGAGAAAAGCAUGUAUGAGAUUCUGAGUGAAAACGGCGAGUUCAAGAUCUUUUUGUCUCUGAUGGAAUACGCUGGACUGACUGACUUGCUGAGGCAAGAGGGAGACUUCACCCUAUUUGCUCCCACCGACAAGGCUUUUGAUGGUUUGAGGGACAGAGAUUUCCAACUGCUGAAAAGUGAUAUCAAUGCUCUCAGAACCAUCCUUCUGUACCACGUCAAUAACGGCAUCUUCAUUGGUGGCGGUUUGGAACCUGGAGUGACAAACCUUCUCAAGUCACUGCAGGGCAGCAACCUCAAAGUGAUGUUUGCAAACAACACCAUGCGAGUGAACUCUGUCCAAAUUCCUGAAUCUGACAUGAUGGCCACAAAUGGCGUCAUCCAUUUUGUCAACUGGCUCUUGUAUCCCGCAGAUAUCCCGGUUGGGAGCCAGGAUCUCCUCACUCUACUGAAGAGGCUCAUCACCUAUAUACAGAUCAAGUACAUUCCAGGAUUCAGAUACCAGGAAAUCCCCCUUACUUUUCUGAUGACAAGGGAGCCCUCCAUUACCAAGGUUACCAGGGUCAUCGAAAGUCAACCAUCCAUCACCAAAGUGACCAGAGUCAUUGAAAGUGAACCUAGCUUCACCAAACUGACUAGAAUUGUGUCAGGUCCUCAAUACUCAGUCAGCACUGGCACCACCAACGUCGCCGUUGACGGAUCUAAUCUGGCAGAAAUUUCAACCCUCAAAACAAAUCCAAAUUUUGACACGGAUCAAAUGAUAAAAAUGAUCAAAGAGGGUGGUUCAAGGAGAACCACUUCACGAAGAGUUUUAGCUGGCGGCAGGCGAAGAGGAAGGGACUGAGCACGGACAAGAGUGACUGGCAUUAAGGCAACGAGACAGCAAACCACAGGUUGAAACUCUCGUGCUGAUUGAGGGGGACACACAAGUGCACUCUCUUGACUGACAAGAUCAGAACUGUUCUCGUAAAAAUCUUAAUGGUACCUUGAAUGCAUAUUCAGUUUAAGAGUCUUUCGGUUGAGCAAAUGUAAAUUAAAAGAACGAUUUGGCUUGACUUAAAUACGAGCCAUUAAGGGUUGCAAUAAAAAAUGGUUGCUACACUUUUUCUAUGGAUUUUCAAGUGUUGAAGCAAUGCAACGUAAGUAGAAGAUUUUGUAAAUCCGAGCAUGGUAAAGAAGUAGUAAAAUGAUAGGUGUGUUUUCAUCCUCUUAUCUUGGCAGGCUUCUUUAAGUUGUUAAAAGUCUCUCAUUUUCAUCCAUGUAUCCAUCUAAAGGUUUCUUGCUUUCUUUUUUCCCUAAGCGUUUUCCAAUA